GGGCAGCUGCGCUACUCGGUGCCCGAGGAGGUGCCCAAGGGCUCGUUCGUGGGCGACGUGGCCAAGGACCUGGGGCUGCAGAUGCCGGCGCUCCCAGACCGCGGCGUCCGCAUCAUAGACAGAGGUAGGAGGCAGUAUUUUGCUCUGCACGGGAAGACGGGGCACUUAGUGACGGCCGAGAGGAUCGACAGAGAGCAGCUUUGCCGGCUGGUGGAGAAAUGCGUGCUGCGCUGUGAGCUGAUAGUGGAGGGAGAAAUGAAGGUUUACCCAAUUGAAGUGGAAAUCAUGGACAUUAAUGACAAUGCGCCCGCUUUCAAGGAUAUUGAGCUGGAACAGAGAAUAAGCGAGACGACAGUCCCGGGAUCGCGGUUUCCUCUGGCUGAGGCUCACGAUCCGGACUUGGGACAGAAUUCCCUGCAGAGCUACGAGCUGAGCGGCGACGAGCACUUCUCGCUGGCCGUGCAGACGGGCCCCGGCGGGGAUCAGCGUCCCGAGCUGGUGCUGGCGAAGCCUCUGGACAGGGAAGAGGCGGCGUUCCACGAGCUGGUGCUGAGGGCGAGCGACGGCGGCGACCCGUCCCGGACGGGCACGGCGCGGAUCCGCGUGACGGUGCUGGACGCGAACGACAACGCGCCCGUGUUCAGCCAGGCGGAGUACACGGUGCGUGUGCCGGAGGACAUGCCCGUGGGCUCCACCCUCGUCACUGUCACGGCCACCGAUCCCGACGACGGUCUCAAUGGGCACGUGAAAUAUUCGUUGAAAACAAUCACAGUAAAAGCCUCGGAGAUUUUCCAGCUGGACGCCGAGACUGGGGAGAUCACGCUGUUGCGAAGCCUGGAUUUUGAGGAGAGCGACUCGUACGAACUGGAUGUGCAGGCACGGGACGGCGGCAGCCUGUCAGUCAUAGCGAAAGUUGUGAUCGCCGUGACAGACGUUAAUGACAACGCGCCAGAGAUUUCGGUGCGGUCGGCGCUGAGUGAGAUUUCUGAGGACGCCCCAUCGGGGACAGUGGUGGCCCUGCUACAGGUGCAAGACCGGGACUCAGGAGCCAACGGCGAGGUGCGCUGCUCCCUGGAUGGGAGCCUUCCGUUCCGGCUGGAGAGCUCGCAGGGCAGCUACUACCGCGUGGUGACAACGAGAGAGCUGGACCGGGAGCAGGAGUCGGAGUACAACGUGACGGUGCGGGCGGCCGACGGCGGUCGUCCGUCGCUGCAGAGCAGCAGGGUGCUGUGGCUGCGGGUGCUGGACGUGAACGACAACGCGCCGGUGUUCUUGCAGGAGCGCUACAGCGCUCGGCUGUCGGAGAACAACGUGGCGGGCGCGCUGGUGCUGCGGGUGCGGGCGACGGACUCGGACUGGGGGGAGAACGCGCGCGUGCGGUACCGGCUGGGGGAGGGUGGUGUGCGGGGCUCGGCGCGUUCUCCCCCCAGUCCGAGAAUGCGGGGCUGUGUGUAUCGUUAG